GCAGUGAUGAGAACAAGUCGGAACCAGAGAACAGCAGCACAGGUCAAGUAAAGAAAAAAAGCGCUUACUCCUUGGCACCGAACCGGGUGUCAUGCCCGUAUUGCAGCAGGAAGUUCCCUUGGACAUCCUCUCUCCGCCGCCACGUUCUGACCCACACGGGUCAAAAGCCCUACAAAUGUCCCCAGUGCCCUCUUUUAUUCACCACCAAGUCAAACUGCGAUAGACAUUUACAGCGCAAACACAGCAGUCCAGUCCAAACCGCCGAGGUGAACCCUGUCGAUUGCAACAAGCCCAACUCAGCACUCAAUUUCACGACCCGCAACGUCCCAGAGAGACCUUACAAAUGUAAAAACUGCCCAAGUUCAACCUUCUCUACACUGGACAACCUCAAGAAGCACAUGUCCGAGAAACACAAUGGAAAACCGGUAGAAAGUGAGAGACUCGACAGUGGCAACCAUAGCGAUUGCGAGAAUGAACAACGCGAUGGCAACCUCAGCGAGUACGAAAGUCAGGGGAGUAGCGAGGAAAUAGAUGUUGUCAAAGACUCGCCUCGCCCCGAGGAGAGAGACAAUUCUGAGGUAGAUAGCCGGCCCAACAAUCCUCCACUGCUCCUUCAGCCGACGGUGGACUCUUCUACACCGACAAUUGACCAGGUUUCAGUUGUGCCAGGGUCGACGGAUUUGCCGUUCAAAUGCCACUUGUGCGACAGUAGCUACGCUGAGAGGCACGAGGCCUUGGAUCAUAUUCGGGACCGGCACUCGACAGAAUUCCAGCUGCUCAUCUCAAAAGGUGCUCUCGAUGCCAAUGGAUCUGUUAACGAGGAAAACUCGCAUAUAGAAGAAAACUCGACCCAUGGAGAGGAGAAUAUUGAACAGCUGAGAGGAAAGUUUCCUGAUUAUGCUAACCGCAAGGUAAGUUCCUAUGUGCCGACUUAA